CUGGGCCGUAUUUGUGAAACCAUAGGAAUGCGACACAAUGUGAUAUGAUAUGAGAGGUUUGCGUUCAGUUCUUUGGGAAGUUAUUCAUAUGUCCUCAUGUCAAACUUGCCUGUUUGAAAAUGCGUCGUGUGCACUAACUGCACCUACUUUUCAAUUUGAAACUCUGCGUAAAUAACUUUGUUUCAGACACUUUUGGUAGUCUAAUGCGACCUGCCCGGAUUUUUCCCCCUCGCGUAUCGUUUCUUGCGUGAUCGUGAAGUAUAUCAUGUGGAUUGUAUUGUGUUGGAUGGACAUUGUGGUCUGAUGCCCGGCUGCCGCGAUGUUCGCUAAAAAAAAGAACAAGUCUCGCGUCCAGAUUUCGGCCCCCUCCAACUUUGAACACCGCGUGCACACGGACUUUGACGAACAGGAGCAGAAGUUUGUGGGGCUGCCGCGGCAAUGGCAGUCUCUGAUCGAGGACACGGCCAAGAGGCCCAAGCCCUUCAUCGACGUCACCGUCAUCACCACAGUGGAGCCCCGCAAGACCAUAGUCCGGGGCAGUAAGAUUGGUGUGGACGGCUCGCUGACAUGGCUGCUGGAUGAGUUUGACACCAUGUCGGUGACCCGCUCCAACUCCCUGAGGCGAGGCAGCCCCCCCAUCCAGCCCCGCAGAGAUUCGGGGUCCUCGGGAGGCGUUCAUGAGAACGGGGACCCGGCCCACCGGCCUCACCCCCACCCUGAUCACCGCAGUGACGUCAGAGACCGGGAGCGGCCCCGGGCCGAACGGUCGGCCGGCGGUGACCCGCGGGAGCACCAGCGAGCGCCUCGCGCUCAGAGGGAGGACGGCCGGCCGGAGCAGCAGCCCCGCGGCCAGGAGCCCCGCGGCCGGCACGUCCCACCCCCUCCCCCGCCGAAGCCCGGAACUGCGGACCCACGGGAUCCCCACGGCCAGGUGGUCCACCGGGACGGGGCCGGCGACAAGAGGCCAAAGUCCAGCUACAGCGGCCGGGACAGCAGUCCCCAGUCGGGGCCCAGCCGGCUGCCCAGCCUGCCUGUUACGGAGGGAGUGAUGAAGGUGGCCCAUCAGAGCAGCAGGCCGUUCAACACCUACCCCCGCUCUGACAGCGAAGGAGGGAGGAGCCCCACCAGCCAGGACCUGACCGCUCGGUCGCACGAAGCGCCGCCGCACAACGGCUCCUCUGCUGCCCCCAGCCGAAGUGGGGGCAAAGCGCCGAAGCAGGGGCAGCUACGAGGGGACCCCCACCACACCUCCCACCCUGUCCUGGGCCCUCAGCCGCAGCAGGCGUCCGUUCCCCGCCCCCUGGGGCCCCCGACCCCAGCCCCAGCGCCGCCGCAGGCCCGUUCGCCUCAGCGGGAGCCCCAGCGGGUGUCCCACGAGCAGUUCCGCGCGGCCCUGCAGAUGGUGGUGGACCCCGGGGACCCGCGGACCUACCUGGACCACUACAUCAAGAUCGGGGAGGGCUCCACUGGCAUCGUGUGCAUCGCCACGGUCAAGAGCACCGGCAAGCUGGUGGCUGUCAAGAAGAUGGACCUUCGCAAGCAGCAGCGCAGGGAGCUCCUGUUCAAUGAAGUGGUGAUCAUGCGGGACUAUCACCAUGACAACGUGGUGGAGAUGUACAACAGCUACCUGGUGGGAGAUGAACUCUGGGUCGUCAUGGAGUUUCUGGAGGGUGGGGCUCUGACCGACAUUGUCACACACACCAGGAUGAACGAAGAGCAGAUUGCCACUGUGUGUCUGUCUGUGCUGAAGGCUCUGUCGGUACUGCACACCCAGGGAGUGAUCCACCGGGACAUCAAGAGUGACUCCAUCCUGCUCACCCACGACGGCAGAGUGAAGCUGUCAGACUUCGGCUUCUGCGCCCAGGUGUCUAAAGAGGUCCAGCGGCGCAAAUCCUUAGUGGGCACCCCCUACUGGAUGGCCCCGGAGCUCAUAUCACGACUCCCCUACGGGCCUGAGGUUGACAUUUGGUCCUUAGGGGUGAUGGUGAUCGAGAUGGUGGACGGAGAACCCCCGUACUUCAACGAGCCCCCCCUCAAAGCUAUGAAGAUGAUCCGUGACAACUUACCACCCAAACUCAAGAACCUACACAAGGUUUCGCCUCUCCUUAAGGGCUUCCUGGACAAAUUGCUGGUGCGAGACCCCACCCAGAGGGCCACAGCCAAUGAGCUGCUCAAGCACCCCUUCUUGAGCAAGGCUGGACCGCCCUCCUGCAUAGUGCCUCUUAUGAGGCAGAACCGCAUGAGAUGAGAGCGAGGGAACGCGCCCCCCCCCCCCCCAGCUUCCACUACGCGGAAGUGUCUCGUGGACCCCCGACCCCCCAGCUCCCGUCUCGCGCACAUGCUCGUCCGGAGCGUUUUUUAAAAUGGUCAAGCAUUUUUGUGUUUUAAAGAAACUUUUGAAGCUAAUAGAAACGGUGUCUGUUUCUUUUCACCGAGGACAAGAGCAUUUGGGCGCCGUAAGGAUUUGAAAGCUUUUUGGCGGAGACUGAUGCUUGGAAUGUCCUGUGGGGUCCUUGUGCCCCAUGGGGCCCAGCGUGUCCUCACUACAGGAGAAGCCACUCACUACAUGGCCCAGACUCAACAGCAUUCCAAUAAACCAGACGUCAUAAACUACUACUGAAGUGGAACCGUGCUUUUCUCUUACAGCAGGAUGCAUAGAAGUAUUUUAAAAUGACAAUAAACACUAGGUUCCUGUUUCAAACACUAAGCGAAGGUUAAACACUGGAGUUGUUGUUUGUUUAUUUUUUAUCUUAUUCUACUCAUUCUUCCCCUUUGUUUUCCCCUUGUGUAUGUUAAACAGAGAUUUCUGCUUUGUUUUCUGUAUGAUGUGAUUUUAGUUUUUUGGGCGGGGGGGGGGUACAGUGAGAGAAGUUGAAGCACUGUUGAGAUAGAAGCUGCACUCCUGGUUGAUUCCAAUUUAUAGAACAGUUACGGUUAAACAUUUUCAAGAUGAACAAUUGUUUCUUUUACUCUACCUGCGUUUUAUAGCGUCAUGCUGAAGUGACCUUCAAAGCACCAUUUUAGGGGCUGACACUAACCCCCCCUCCCCAUCAACUUGUUUAAAUUUUAGUCAUGUUGCAUUUCUUCUAGCCUGACGUGGUAGUUGAUUGAGUCUGGACUAUGUGAAUGUAGUGCUGAACCACAAGCUGUCUUUAGGCUUAUGAGAACAUGGGAAGAAAAAAAAAAACUAGGUGAAAAUCUGCUUGGCUAAAUUAAGUGCUGCUAGAACUGAGCGUGUGUCCACAAUGUAGCAAUGACCGGAACUCUAUGGCAGAAACACUGAAACACAGAUACACACGGUGGUGAACAUUUAGCGCUGUCUUCCACACACCCUUCAAUCUAGUCCAUUUGCUCCCCCUCUUCUUGUGGAGUAGUGAGUCACUUGUACAUGAACCCUACAGAGCAACCAAAGACCAUGUGGCCUUAGUGCACAGCAGAUGGUAGGCAAAGAGGCAGUGGGGAGAUCAUACCCAGUCCCCCACAGGUAGAUACUCUCACUACAUUGUGAAAUAGUGUAUUUAGAAGUAGAGUUGGAGUGUCACAGGUUAAUAACUUUUUUUUUCUUUUCAAAGUUACACUAAAAUGUUUGUUUAGAGUAUUUAAAAUAGAUUUGUUUUAUAAUCAUAUUAUUUUUCAUCAUUCACCUUUUCACUACUUUUUACAGAUGAUUUGAGAUGUGAGACUGUGUUAUAUAUAUUCCCAAAAGACGAAUGGAAGUCUGUUAAAAGUGGCAGAUGAUUGGCAAGCCUGGAUAAGAUGGGAUCUGGCUAUACCCUGUUCUUUUGUAAAAACAAAAAAAGUGUGUAUAUGUAUGUAUAAUUCUUCCAGUUUAGUAAAAUGGUAAAAAGAUGGGAUGAAAGGAGGACAAUCAAGGAGUACAUUCACUGUGUGUUUAUGCAACAAAAUUCGAAACUGAUCUCUUUUCAUUGCUCAGUUUUAUAACUAGUUGUGUAUCACUUUAACAACACAUUUUGCAAUGAUUCUCAUUAAAACCCAUCUUUGCAUACUAUAUUUUUACUAAAUUAUGUAACUAAUUACUACUCUGAAGGGAGGGCUCAUUUAUUUAAAUUUUUUUCAAAUACUUCAUAAUGAUGAAUGCCAAACAUUUAAGAGAAUCCACCCUAAUCCAAUUUUCUUUGCAUUUUAUUUCAUUCAAGCAAGGAAUUGUUGCCAAGUAUAACAUUUCCCUGGGAUUUCAUAGAUUCUGUUAAUCUCUCAUCUGUGAAAUGGACCAACAUUUACACGUUGUAGCAGUAGCUGAUGCUGAUAGGUGCUCUAUCAGACAUUGGUGCAACUGGUUAGUGAAUUAAACGUGUUUUGCCCAGCGAUCUCAUUUUACUUUAGACUUUUAAUGCCUUAUUGUUCAGAACAGGAACUUUAAUAUUAUUCCCUGGUUUUACAAUGACUGUUAAUUGCGAAUGUUCAUCUCCAGGAGUCUUUAGUGCCUCAGAGGAAACUCAUUGUUCUUGCUGGUUUGUGUUUGAUUGAGAGGAUGCUGAAAUCCAAUUAGGAGCUGUGAAGACUACUGACUGGCCUACUUGGAAAAAUAUUUAUGUGUAAAUGAAUUCCUCAAACACCGUUGUAUUGUUCUAACUUUCUUAUGCGCUAAAUCAUUUAUGCAUCAGUAUUGUUAUGUUUCUGAUAGUUGACAGUUUUUCUGUACCCAACUCCAGACCACCCUGCAUUUUCAGAUUUACCCUUAUUUGCAGAUCUCUGCAAAAUUUGUUUUGCAAAUACAGUUUCUCUCAAAUUUAA